UUGGCGUCAAACAUGGCGCUGUCCUGUUCCAGCCUGUGUAGCAAUUUGUCUUUGAUCCGACUGUGUGGUCUCAGGACAAACAUCAUAACAAAUGGCCUUUACACUCCGUACAUGUCCUGUCAGUCCAGGUUGCCCCUUUGUAGACACUACUCCUCCUCCGGAGUUAGACGAGGUAUUGGCCGAUAUGUCACCUCCAGACUCCAGAGAGUAAAUAGCAGAUAUGAAGGUUUCCUCAAAAGGCGAUUUCCUCGCUUUUUUCAGCUGUACCACACUUUUAUGGAAGGAUUCAAGCUACUGUUCGAAGAUGCCAAAGAUGUGCGGAGGAUAAAAACAAAGAUGGUCUCUGAUGGAUUACAGUUCCAGGAUUUGCCCUACAGGGAGAUGGAGAAACUCAGACAGUUCCGCAGAGGCAUGAUCAAGGCCCUUCCGCUGGUGGUGAUCUCUAUCCCACCCUUUGCCAACUACCUGGUUUUUGUCUUGAUGUACUUUUUCCCCCGCCAGCUCCUGAUCCCUCAUUUCUGGACUCCCAGGCAGCAGGUAGAGUUUCAGGGAGUGUACCAUUCCCUCAGGGUCCGGCACCACUGGCCAGUGCUCAAGGGGCUCGAGUAUACGAGCCUCCAGGUCAAAGACAAUCAGCUCCAGAGUCGCCUCAAGGACCUGUGUGCUAAAGUGCAAAGUGGAGAAACCCCUCAAGUGUCAGAAAUCCUUGCCGUUCGGAGCUUGUUUUCUGGACCCCCUUUGGGUAUAAAGAGAAUGAGCGUGGAUCAGAUGAGACAUGUCAGCCGCCUGCUCUUCCUGACGCCUCUCCUACCAGGGUUCCUGAUUGGCCGACGGCUGAACAGCCAUGGCCUGGAGCUGCUCCAGCUGGACCGGGCCCUCAGCAGGCUGGGCCCUCACCAGCUGAGUGACUUCGAACUCAGACAGGCUUGUUACGUAAGGGGGCUCAAUUCUAAUAGUCUUUGCAUUAACCAGUGUCGCGAGUGGUUAUUCCAGUGGCUUCAGAUGUCCUCCUCUUUGAAAGACUCAGAGGUGUCACUGCUUCUGCACAGCAUUGUAUUUCUCUCUGCCAACUACCCGAAUGGUCCCAGCCGAGACUGACAGGAUGCCUGAACCACUCUGCUUCUGAGAUUACGUUCUCUUUUGUGCACUGGUCAGCAUGACUUCCUGAGAGUUGUCAACAUCUCCGUUUUGCUGAGGAAAAAACAUUUUAAAACUGAUCUUGGCAAGAUUUUGAGGUUUAAAAUUGUCUUUGCAAACAGGGUUGUAGUAAAGAAAAGGAUUCCAUUAAUUCUAGACGCCUUAGAACCAUCCUGUUUGAAAGUCAGCCGUGAACACAACAUUCCUCUGAAGUGGAGGAAUACCACAAAGUACGUACAUAAUUAACAGAAUUUCUUUUGGAAAAGAAAUGGAAAUAGGGUCAAUAUAUGGUGUCUUUGUCUGGGGAGUGGUAUGGGAUUCUACUUUAUAAAUUUGCACGAAAAGACAGGUGUGUUUAAACUUAAAAAUCUUGUUUAGGAGUUCUCAUGUAAUUAGACUGAAAUUGUGAUUCACUGAACUAUAUUAAGCGGUGAUGUUGAGGUAAAUGAUACGACGAUACCUGUCGCUGUAUUUCAAGCUCGUUAUCACUGUAAAGCGCACACUUGUCGAUUACUUCUAAGCCAACACAUCAUUACACAGCAAUAGUGACAAGUAGGGAAACAAAGAGGAUACUGUUUAGUAUUUUGGGUUCUUGUUAAUAUCUUGCUUGUGGAAUGGUAAAGUUGUUCAAACACAUUCCAUGCAAAAAAAACAGGAGAAGUUUACUUUUAUGUGAACGUGUUUUUACAUGUUAUCAAACACAUACUUCAUCUUCUCGUACAUUUACCUCACUUUGUGCUUUGCUCUCACAUCUUUACAAUGAAUAAUGCUGGGUCAUGGCUAAAUUUGAAAACCUGUAAAGGGAAUUGUUUUAUUUAUAUGGAUCAACUUUUCAACCGCAAAAAUUAGUAGAU